UUCAGUUCUCGGACUGCGCGCGGCAUUAUACUUUUUGGCACGGUUGCGGAAAAUCGUGUUUUCCAUCAAUCUAUAUGGAAAUUGUUUAAACUAUUACAAAAUUAAGCAAAUGUAAAUGAAACCGAAAGCAAGCCUUGUUUUUCCAGUACUUGGUGUAUUUUUCAAUAUUGUUGUUUGUGUGUGUGAACCGAAUAUAGUGCGCCUUUUUUUUGGUUCGCCAAUAAAUAUUAAUGUGCAUUGUGCCGCUUUGUCGGGAAUAAAUUAGAAAUCAUUAUUUGUUUGUGCGGAUCAAAACAAAAUCGGGAAUCAGAUACGGAUACAGAGAAAGAGGAAAGAGACUGUGGAAAGCAGCCAGAGAGUGUGGCGAAGAGAGUGCGAAAAAUAGUGGAAAAGAAAGAACAGCUGCCGGCUGAUUUGUUGCGGAAAAGGAACAGGCGGAAAGAGCAAGAGAAAUAGAUACACAACCAGAGGACGAGAAACUACCCAAACAGAAGGACACUAACUAGCAUGCCAGGAUCAUCGUCAGGGAAGUGAGGAGGUAACCCAAGGAACACACACAAUGAGCAACCAAAGCACGGAGCAGGACUACGACAGUGCCACUCCGGCGCUGCAGCAGCAGAUGAAUCUGGCCAGGCGUGCCUGCUGGAGGAGGAACAAAAUCCCUCCCAGAUAUCCUCAGCCAGCUAAUCCCGAUCCAAUUGCGGCACAACCACCACCGAGCGAUGAAACCAAAACACAAAAUACACGAACAACAACCUGCACAUCCAGCCGAGCGAGGAGGAGUGGCAUUUACAGCAAAAGGAUGCUGCUCCUUGGCUUUGUAUUCCUCAUCCUUGGACUCACCCAGGGACGACCCAACACGAGUGCCGUAAGCGUGGCUCCGGGCAAGGAUAGUGCUGCCUCUGCGGCUACGGAUGCGGUCACCCAGCUAAAUCUGCCUCAGACAACCGCCUUGGAUGUGGAUUUAGGGGAGGCCACGCCCACACUGCGUUUGCCACGUGCCGAACCACUGAAAUCUGGUGGUGAUGAGGGAAGGCCAGAUGAGGAUGGUCAUGGAAGUGAUGGCCACAAGAUGACCCGGUAUCCACUGUCCAGCGUGGAUUUUGGCCGAGUUAAGACGCCUUUUAUCAUUGGUAUAUGGAUACUGUCGGCCAGUAUAGCCAAAAUUGGUUUCCAUAUGACGCAAUUGCAUCUAAUAUUCCCCGAGUCCUGCCUGCUAAUUGUGGUGGGCGUGGUCAUCGGUGUGGUGCUUUAUUUCUGCACAGAUGUCGCUGUAUCACCACUGACGCCCAAUACCUUCUUUUUCUAUAUGCUGCCACCGAUUAUCCUGGACGCCGGCUACUUUAUGCCCAAUCGAUUAUUCUUCGACAACCUGGGCACCAUCCUGCUGAUGGCCGUGGUCGGUACCAUCUUCAACAUUGCCACCAUCGGUGGCUCCCUUUAUGCCUGCGGAAUGAUGGGAAUUUACGGGGAGAACGAGACCCCCGGCCUGAUGGAUGUAUUCCUCUUCGCCUCGCUGAUAUCCGCCGUGGAUCCGGUGGCUGUUCUGGCCGUCUUUGAGGAGAUUCAUGUCAACGAAAUCCUGUACAUUGUCGUCUUUGGCGAGUCCCUGCUGAACGACGCCGUUACGGUCGUCAUGUAUCACAUGAUGGAGUCCUACAAUGAGAUUGGCUUGGACAAAAUCAUCGCCCAGGAUAGCAGCGGCGUGGGUUCAUUUUUUGUGGUCGCCCUGGGUGGAACUGCCAUAGGCAUCAUCUGGGGCUUCCUCACCGGUCUGGUGACCCGUUUCACCGAUCAUGUGCGUGUCAUAGAACCCAUUUUCAUAUUUGUAAUGGCCUAUUUGGCCUAUCUCAAUGCGGAAAUCUUCCACAUGAGCGGCAUAUUGGCCAUCACAUUCUGUGGUAUUACAAUGAAAAACUAUGUGGAAUCAAAUAUUUCACAAAAGUCACACACGACUGUUAAAUAUGCCUUGAAGAUGUUGUCGAGUUCAGCGGAAACUAUCAUAUUUAUGUUCCUCGGCGUGGCCACUGUCAACAAUAUGCACGUAUGGAAUACGUGGUUUGUGGUUCUCACUAUUGCCUUCUGUUCAGUGUUUCGUGUGAUUGGUGUCAUCCUGCUCUCGGCCAUUGCCAAUAGAUUCCGCCUCCACAAAUUAUCCCGCGUGGAUCAAUUUGUAAUGUCUUACGGCGGUCUUCGUGGCGCUGUGGCCUUCGCCCUGGUGCUGCUGGUGGAUGAGAAUGUGGUCAAGCAAAAGAAUAUGUUUGUGACCACCACAAUAGCUGUGAUCUACUUUACUGUCUUCCUGCAAGGCAUCACCAUCAAGCCGCUGGUCAAGAUACUCAAUGUGAAGCGGGCCAACAAGCGUAAGCCCACCAUGAAUGAGCGUAUUCAUGAACGAUUCAUGGACCAUUUGAUGGCUGGAAUUGAGGAUAUUGUGGGCAAGACAGGCAACUAUAAUGUGCGUGAUAAAUUCAAGCGUUUCGACAAUCGCUUCAUUCGCCCGCUGCUGAUCCGAGAUCUCAAGGGCGCUGAGCCGAAGAUCAUUGAGACGUACUCCAAACUGACAAUGCGCGAUGCCAUGGAGGUGAUGAGACGGAAUCCAUCGACCAUUGGCCAGAUGACGGGCACUGUCAUGAGCGCCCUGUUCCGGAACUAUACCAAUAACUAUAUUGGCGGCAGUCCCAGUCUGACAAAUCUAGACAAUACUUGUUCGCGUAAUCUGGACAUGGCUGAGCUGGAUUACAAUCCAUCCAAGAAGGAUCUGACUGAUGCCAAGAUCCAUCAUCUGUUGGCCGAAGAACUGAAGCCUUAUAGAAGGCACCGUCGUCUUAGUUAUAGCCGACACGCAGUAGAUGACAGAGAUUUGUCCACACAGGUCAAUUACAAAAUGCAAAUGAAUUUCCGGCGUAUGUUCAACGAUCGCAAACAUCACAAGCGCAGCAAACGUGGGGCCAGCAAUAAGGAGGCCAAGGAGAAUGUGAAGCAGAAUCAUGUCUCGUUCCAUGAUUUCCAACAGAACGGCACCACCAAGCAGCUCACCAAUGCCGAGGAUUGCCAACAGAAUCCCAACGAGAUCAAUGUUGUUGGCCCCAGCGACGAUUGGGAUGAUGGCCUGACCUUCACCGCCAAAUCAUCACCUGACUCGGAUCGCGCCAAUAACAAUUCCCUGAUAGCCCACAUCCAAAACCUGCCCGGCUUCGAUGCCUCCAAGGCGCGCAUCGUCGUCCAGCACUAUGCCCCGCGGGUCGACGACAGUCCGGAGCCGGAGUUAGACUCACCGGACCAGGCCGUCGGACCCACGGCCGCCGAGCUGAUAUUGCCAUGGCGGCGGGAUCGUUCAUACCAGAGCAUUGUGGCGGAGCAUCCAAUACCCGAGGAGGAUCGCAAUUUGUCCCGCGAAUCCGAUGGCGAGAGACGAGUGGCCACACCCACGGCCACGGAAUCCCAAUUGCCUUGGAAGCGUCAGGGUGACGAGUGUACGGAUGCAGUGCAGCAGAACGAGUUCCCGGCCUGGGCCUCCAACAAGGAGUACUUGGCCUACAACUCGCCCAGUGCAACAUUCCUAGGUGGUAUAAACAAGCCUAAACAGCCCAAGUCCGUCAUAGGUCUCUUCCGGCGAGAGAGUUCCAGCUCCAAGGCCGGCAGCGUGGGCAUUGGUAGUUCGGGAGCCGUGGAUUCCGGCAGCUCGGAUGCCAUGGUUGUGCCUCUGUCCGCAGGACAAACGUCCGUUGUCCCAUCGACAUCCUCCUCCAUGCACAAUCCUCGUCUGGACAAGCGGUCUCAGUCAAUAUCGUCGGGUUCGCUUGGUGCCGGACCUGGGGCUGGAGCUGGAGCCCAUCAGCUUGGUCCGGAAGGCCAUUCGGGACCAUUUCCGGUCACGGCAAGUCAUCAGAAUGUGCGAAGAGGUUCCAUGCUGGAGCUAAGCGGAGACACAAUACCCGAGGAGUCGUCGUACCAGCACGGGCACUCCAAGUCCCUCUGCGAGCCGGCGGACACGGACGACUGGGAGGGAGCACCCCUGUCCGCCGCCGUAGCCGGCGGUGGGGCCAACAGCGAGCGAAUGAUGCAUAGCGGCCGGGAGCCACUCCUGCCUCGUCCCUCCAAUACGCCGCGUGCCCAGAUUCGACGCAUGAACGCCGGAGCGGUGGGUGGAGCAGCGGUUAGUUUGGCCGGACGAAAGAAUCAAGUGACCAAGGCGCUGUUGGACUACGAGGAUUCUGAAACGGAUUCGGAGGAGAAUGACGAUGACGAUGAUGAGGAUGAGGACUUUGAUUCGUAUGAUGAUGAGAAUAUUGUGGUUACCACCUUUACCACACCCGCUCCUAGCCGAAGGCCGGGCUCUAGUCCGGGAUCGGAUGCAACCACCACCACAACCACUAGCAUUCGGCUGACCCGCAACAACGAUGAGAGCAUCAUUUGAGUAUCGAGCACGGAUGGCGACGUGGAGGAGGAUGCCCUGGAGGAGCACGAGGAGCUACCGAGGCCAUCGACGCGUUCGCCGAGGAGUCUGUUCCCCUACGAGAUGUUCUACUAGCCCCUGGACACACACAUUUAUAUGAUUAGUUAGUAAGCCCAAAGUUGACACUAAAAGAGAAGGAGUUGCUACAUAGUUUCCCAAGAAAAAAGAGAAAUGGUUUAAAAGAAAGCUUUAUAAUUAAUUAACCAAUUAGUUAAAACCAAAUCAGAAGAGCAGCUUAGUUAAGACGGAAAAUAGUGAGAGAAUUGUAUAUAAACCCAAUAUUAAAACACAAAUUAAUUUUCUUCAUUCUUUAAGCUUUUAAACUUUUAACUUCCAGUUUUGUGUUUAGUGUUUAGUCCCAAACAAUUGUUAGUUAUUCUUAUGUACUACGUAUAUAUAUAUACUUAUAUAUAAAACGAUUUAGUGAUUACAGCUGAUGUGUUCCAAAAAUAUAUAGCAAGCAAGUAAAUUAAUUAACAAAAAGCAUAGCCAAAGUUCAUAUUAAGUCUACGCACUAAUGUUGAUUUCGUUGUUUGUUUUAGUUUAGCCCAAUAAUGUACUAAGAUUUAGGUCGCAUUUUGAGAAUGUGGUGCUAAAAACAGUACUUACAGCACGUACUUAGUUUGAUAAAAAGUAGCAGAGUUUAGUUCAAUUUUAGCUUUAGUUUAUAAGUUAGGAUGCCCAACUUCAGAAAACUAUUAAAGCAGGCUCUUAAUGUUUCAAAGUAAUUAAUUUCUAAAUAGCCGAAGAGUCAGAACUAAGAUGAAAGUUUUUCCCAACUGAAACUGUAGCUUAAAUCUAAGCAUUCAUUGUCGUAGAAAUAAACUUUAAAUGCAUUUGUAAAACAUUUUAAUUUUUUGUAUUUAGAACAGUGACUGUUGAGGAAAACUUUCGCUGUGGAAAACUAUAAUAUGUAUACACAAACUAAGAGUAACUAAAAUCGAUGAAGGUAAAUGAACAGAGUUAUGUAAUUUAUAAAUUAUUUUUGUAAACAUUUACGAACGAUAAAUAAUAUAAAUUGUAACUUGACUAAAGGUGGGGAAAAUGUUUAGAGCGAGCGAGUGUGAGAGUGCAUGACUAGGAUUGAGCUAAACCAAAGCAUAAAAGUAAACAUUAAUAUGCUCAAAAUAAAAAGAGAAAACCAAAGUAAAUUAAACACAAGAUAUAGAUAUAUAUAAAUGCUGAUGUAGAUCUGAAUGCGCAUUAGGACACACAGAGAGCCAACUGGGAACACAGACACACAGUAGCCAACAGAUCCGGAGGCGCAAAUAGUUUCUGGGAUUCCUACCUACCUAAAAUAUAAAAUUGCGGGGACAAACAACUAAACAAGAAGUCGUAACAAAAUCGUGGAAAUACCUACCUACCACGAGCAAUGCAAGAUAUAUACAGUAAAUAUAUAUUUUCUAACUAUAAUUUAGUCAUUCUAAACCUAUGUCUUAAGUAGUUUAUGUUCUAUCCAAGAAAUUGCCUUCUGAAUAUGCACACCACAGACACCAGUUUGAAUUGGAACACAUGAAAUCCGAUCCCCAUUGUUUCUUCUACUUAUUUCGAUCCGAAAGACAAUAAACAGCUUCAGGAGAUGCCACAAGAAAGAGCUCUUGAAAAUUGUCAUUUCAAUAAAUCUAAAAAUCUAAAAUUCUUUAAAAGGAAAAACUAAACAUGAAAUAUAAAUCAGAGCUGUGUUAACCAUUAAAUAUGAGCAGUAGGUUCUCCCAUAUAAAAUUGAAUUAUUCGCAAUCUGAAUUACAAAAGAAUUAAGCUGAUUUCAAAGAACGGAUUGUGGCCUAAACAAUUUAAGUAUUGGACAACGCUGUGGCUCAUUAAUAAAUUACUUGCUUAAGUCUAUAAAAAGAAACUAAAAUUGAAUUGAAUUGAUAAAUCUAUAUCGAACAAAAGUGUGUUUGCAAUUUUCAUACCGUAGGCCUUAAGUUGUGCAUACUUCAACAAAUUGAAUACAACAAAAUAUUGAUAGCGCAAAAAAAUAAAAUUAAACCUAAAAACAA